UCUUAGAGGAAAAAAUGCAUACACAAAGGUUUGAGUGGCAGUAUUUCAUUCUCAGAUUGAUGACACUUUUGAUAUAUGUUUUAAAUGCUAUAAUUUGUGAAACUGGAGACUGUAGAGAGCAGGAAUUCAGAGAUCAUAAUGGCAACUGUAUAUUGUGUGAACAGUGUGGCCCUGGAAUGGAACUAUCUAAGGAAUGCGGUUUUGGAUAUGGGGAGGAUGCCCAGUGCAUGACAUGCAGGCCAAACAGAUUCAAAGAGGACUGGGGCUUUCAAAAAUGCAAACAAUGUUUGGACUGUGCUUUAGUAAAUCGAUUUCAGAAAAGCAAUUGUUCUGCUAUUAGCAAUGCUGUUUGUGGAGACUGCUUACCUGGAUUUUAUAGAAAGACAAAACUUGGGGGCUUUCAGGAUAUGGAAUGUGUUCCUUGUGGUGACCCACCUCCUCCUUAUGAACCACACUGCACUACGAAAGUGAAUUUGGUGAAAAUCCCAUCAACCGUUUCCAGCCCACGAGACACUGCUCUCGCUGCUGUGAUAUGUAGUGCACUGGCGACUGUACUUUCCGCUCUCUUCAUCCUAUGUGUUAUCUAUUGCAAAAGACAGUUCAUGGAAAAGAAGCCAAACUGGUCUGUACAAUCACAGGAUAUUCACUAUGAAGGAUCAGAACUUGCAUGUUUUGACAGAUCACAAUUUAAUAUAUAUGAACAUAAAACAUGCUACCAGGGCCAGCAGGACUCAUUACAGAUGUGUGGACCAGUGCAUUUGAUUCCAUCAUUGUGCUGUGAUGAGACAUGUAGCUUUGAACAUAGUUGUCAUAGCUGUCCUUUUCAUUCUGAGACUACACGUCAUGAAAGGAAUUCAAAUUCUGUUGGAGAAAUGAUUCCAGCAUUUCUUGGUUCUCUUUCACAUUCUACUUGUGGAGAUCUUUCAGAUGCUUGGCCUCUCAUCCAAAAACCAGGAUGUUGUGACAGCAUUUCUUUCUGUGAAUCAUACCCUGAACUAGUGGGAGAAGAUGAAAAUCUUUUCAGCCUAGAGACUGAAAAAACCACUGUGGAUUCAGAUAACAAACAGGAUUUAAAUGUACUCACAUCUACAAAGUCUCAUUUUGGUAGCUUGACAGAAUCACCUGAACUUUCCAGCAACACAUAUUGUAUCACUGCUCCCUCAAAUCAGGUUGUGGCUGCUGAACCACUCUCAGCAACAGAGUAUGACAGAUCAAACUGAUA